CAUGGCGGCAGUGAUAAAAGACAUUGGCGAAAUUUGGAGCAGACUGUUUGUCCAUCGUCCCUUUGUAAAUGGUGAAAUCUCGUAUUUUGUUCGUGAAUUUGAGGAGAAGAGGGGUGACAGAGAAGUAGAGAGAUUGUUCAAAAUCCUUGAGUACUCGACUGAACUUGGACAGAGUCAGAUCGACAGGGCUGAACAGCUUGGUGACUGUCACCUCCACAGCUUGAAAGCUAAUACAGACGUUGCACUGAGUAUGUGCGAUAGAAUCCUUCGGAGAGAGGAGAACUUUGACACUGAAAUCCAGCUAUCUGAAAACCGAGCAAUUAGAAAAGAGGACUGGAAGAAGUUCAUCAAUGAUAUGAGCAUCCGUUGUACUAAAGUGGACGAGACAUUCACCGAGAAGGAGAAGGAACUUCGAGAAUUCUACAUUGAUCUCGAGAAGAAGCUCCACAUCACCCCAUAAGAGCCCAAACCCCCUAACUA